GGCCGCUAGUUUCUUCCAGAAUUGGUCGGAUCAUUAAACCUAAGAGCCGACAGGCGGAUCUGAGCGCUCUCCCGAUUCCAACGCAGAUGUCAGGAGCCAUUUCUGCUAAGAGAGUUGUGGCCGGCGGAUAUAAAGAAAAGAAAUGAACUGCAAUGCAUCUGAACGGUGAUCGGGUCUUCUCCCUUCGGGCAGCUUUGUUGGGUGUCUUUCUUGUGCCCUCAUCCUUUUCCCUCUGAGCAUCCAGCUUCUUGAUAUUUGGGAACUGUCCCAUCCCCCAUAUUCUGUGACAAACGAUCGAGUCUCAAAUCUCUACAGAAGUAUCAGCAAGAUUUCACGCACAAAAUGGGGGAAUGCGAUCAAGGUCUCCACUCGUCUCCUGUACCGUUCUCACAACGUCCGAUCAUCAUUCUAGGCGCAGGAAUCAUCGGGUGCGCUACAGCAAGACAGCUCCUCUUGAAUGGCUUCCACGUUGUGGUCGUUGCCGAGUUCCUGCCAGGCGACCAAAAUAUUUUCUACGCAUCAGCCUGGGCUGGAGCAACGUGGCAUGCUGCCGGCGGUAUCAGCCCCGAGUAUCGAUACCUUCAAGCUGUUACGCAUCGGCAUCUGUUGAAGAUGGCGCAAGACGGCCCCGAGUCGGGAGUUUGCCUUGUGGAUGCGCGCGAAUAUCUCGAAGAAGCGCCAUCCGAGAACUCCUCCGUCUGGGGUAAGACUGUGGUCUCGAAUUUUCGUGAACUUGAACCCGGCGAAUAUCCUCCUAACUUCCAAUGCGGGUGGUCAUACCAGACACUGGUUACGGAUCCGACACAUCACAUGCCCUAUCUUCGAAAGCAGAUAACUGCUCUUGGUGGCCAAUUCAUUCGAAAGCGGGUCGAGUCCCUCCAGGAACUAUACACCAUGUUCCCCGAGUCAAGUGUCUUCAUCAACGCCAGCGGGCUCGGAAGCAAAACGCUCACCGACGUCCGGGAUGACAAGUGCUUUCCCGAGCGAGGCCAGAAUGUCUUUUACCGUACUGACAAGUGUCGACAAAUGUACUUUCGCAAUGGGCAAGAGUAUACCUAUGUCAUCCCCCGUCCUUUAUCCGAGGGGGUAGUGUUGGGGGGAGUCAAGCAGCCGAACAACCUGUCCCCAGACGUUGAUAUGGACGUUGCUCGAGACGAGAUCGCGCGCGCUCAUCGUCUCGCCCCAGAGAUUGUUCCCGCGAAUCCCCCUGAAGAGUCAUUGAGCUAUAUUAUCGGGAUUCGGCCGUCAAGAAAGGGCGGAUUUCGCUUGGAUUCGGAGCAAUUGGGCCAGCGGACAAUCUUAUCAGCUUAUGGAUUCGGAGGAGGCGGCUAUGCGUUUUCGUAUGGUAUAGCGGAAGCGCUGUUAACGAUGCUGGAGAAGUGCGAGAGAGAAAAUGUUAUCCUAUAAUAUCUCUAUGUUAACUUUGAGCACUCCUCUAGGAAGAUUCAAAGAGCAAUAUAAGCUUGUAGUUACUAUUGCUGCUACCCUAAUGCAUGUAAACCUGUGGAGUGUGCCUUAGGCUGACCAAAGUGCCUGAAAUGCCAUGUGAUAACACAUUAAAUUGGUGACCACCUCCAUCCUCCCAUUCCAGAGUCUUUUGCCGUGUCCACACAGCACAGCGACAAUGACGGGCCGGCUAAGAUUACUACUGAGAUGAACUGCCAGACUUCCAGACUUCCAGACUUCCAAGGAACUUAAACUUUUCACCAAAAUUCGACCCCUGCUGACCACGUUAAGUUACAUUGUCGAUGCGAUUCUUCGUGAAUCUUU